CUGUGCACAGUUGGAAGUCGCAUUCUAACAGACAGACGCAGGCGUUUGCUUUAAAAUAGAUCUGCUUCAGGGUCCUGCGACUCUGCUUCAGCUCGACUCUGAGCAAUCCUCCAUUCCUUGCUUCUGUGUCCUCGCAGCCGUCAUCAGUAGAUGUAAGUGCUUGAUAGACAAUGGCAAGAAGUCGUCCUAUUGGUUGGACGAAGUCAGACCACCGGGAAUGUCAGGCAGCUCGGUAUGCACGGGCCGCAGACUACAGAGAGCGUAUCUCAAUCAGCGUUGAAAAGCAGGAAAGGUUGUUCGCUGCUCUCAAUGCUCAAACAGCCGAAAUACCGGUCCCUCGUCGCCGGCGAGGCCAGAGCUCCAAGGAUUGUAAGGUUGAGGCAGCUGAACCACCCGGCCCCCACAGGUCACAGGAGCAGCCAGCUGGCAAGAUCCCACGAGGUCGUGACUCAAGUGCUGCUGACGAGAAAGCAAAGCACUAUGAUGCACAGGUACUCCGAGAAGCUGUGCAAUGUGGUGCAGAACAGGACCCACACGCCGUUCACUGCGACGAGUGCAUCAGGAUCGCAGAGUUUGGGCUCCGCGGCAGCAAGAACGGAGGGAAGGUCCGAUACUUCUGCAAGUUCAAUGGCCCAACAAAGGGCUGUUUUCACAUCGACAGGGACCGAGCGGCAUGGGUUCAGGCUCGGGAGGAGGCGCUGCAGAAGGCGAACUCCGCCUGUCAUAAAUGCAAGCAGGAGAGGAAAGGGUCAGGAUCAUCUGCCCCUCCUUGGUCAUGGGCAGGAUCAGCAGCUUCUCAAAAAAAGGGGGUUUGGGCUUCCAUGCCCAUGAGCCAGUCGCUGAUAGUGACGCUUUUGAACAUUGGCGGUGUCGAACCAAACCCUGGACCUUCUCCCGAGGAGAUUGCGCGAGAUUGGCAGGAAGCGUAUCCAAAGAUCGACCCUCCGCUGCUGAGUUUCCUGGCAGAGAAGAUGACCACCUUGGAGAGUUGGAGAGAGUCCACAAUCGAGCACCGCACCACCGCCCUGUACCUGUGGGCACGCCUGUACACAGGGCAAUGGUCAGGGAACUGGGAUUUGUUUCUCUUGGGGAUUCCAGUUGAAAAGAAGAGUCAGCAUGCAGGAGUGGGCCCAUCUGCCGAUGUGGAGAUGCAGGAUGCUGACACAAGUAACCAGAGUCGUGCACGGAGUGACAUCCUGGCGUUGGAGAAGUCGGUGGCUGUCUCAACACAUCUGGAGCCGACCUCUGGAGAUCGGACGUGGGAGGAGGAGAGCAUGCUGUCCAAGAAGCGCAAGCAGGCCAGUCCGCACUUUGUAGCUGAGCGGCUCUCAGAGCUCUUUGGAGGUCUCUACGACAAGGAUGUUGGUCGAAGGAUGGAAGAACUGACAAACAAUCGAGUUGGCAGAAUCCAACCAGGGGCCAACGGACUGGUGGAAAACAUUGGGAGCCGCUUCAAGCUGGCGGGCUAUAACGAGUUCCUGGUUGACCUUUUAAACACAAUUGCUGCCCUGGUUGAGCGGCUUGACAGCAACGAGGUGGCGCCUCAAGAGAAGAUUGAGAGUGCUCUGCAUCUCGGACGGAUCAUUGCCGGCCCUGGCCUGGGGAAGUCGACCGUGCUUCAAGAAAGCUGGAUCCACCUCCAUAAGCUAGUGACGAGUCUCUCCGAAGAGGACAAGAGGAGGGUUUUCGAGAAGAAUCCACGACUGUUGAAAGCGCUGCACACGUGCCUCAGCCGUGAGAGGAUGCUGGUGUUCAAUCUGUCCUUCCAGAACCCAGAUCAAGGGAAGUAUCACCCGUUCGAGCAAAAGCUCCGAGAGAGAGACCAGGAUUGGGACAGAGUGCUAGCCCUGCGCCUGCUGCACGCCUGCCUAGCGAAAGCGGGGGGAGGGGGGAAGCGAGGCACGGAAGAAGAAGGGGGGGGAGAAGAGUCGAUCAGGGACUACGAGCGGUUCUGGGAGACCUUCAUGGAGCAGGAGGAGGACCUGCUUGAGAAACUCAGCUCGAUGAAGGUGCUCGACUUCAUCAGAAGGAGGGCCAAUUUGGCUGAUGACCAGCACGCUCUCAUCGUGUUCACCUUCGAUGAGCUGGAGGCCAUCAAUCACACCCCAAAAACCAAAAACGACGCCACUAUCGGCCAGCACCUUAUGUCGGCUUUCGCCCGCCUGCGACAGAGACUCCAUACCCUGCAGUGUAGGCAGGGCACGCAUGGGCGAACGUUUGCCAUCAGCCUCGCUGCGAGUACAAGGGCAUCAGCAACGACUCUCAGUUUGACUGCAUCCGAGAAAGCCGGCAUCCUGGACCUGCACGUUCCCAUCCAGACCUACUUGAGUCUCAAGUCCAUUUCUCUAGACCUGUUCCGGCGGAGCAACAUCCCCAUUCACAAGGGCAACAUGUCGGCGACCUUCAAGGCCUGUCUCCGUUUCUUGGGGGGUGUUCCGCGGACGUUGGAUCGUCUGUUAGUGGCACUGUCGGGUGGAGACGCAAACGAGUCUAUCAGGAAACUCGACUUGGGGAAACUGCGAGAAGUUCUGCAGGCCAACAUCAACCCCAAAUUGGCGCUGCGUGAGGUGCUGGACGCUUAUCAAGACGACACGAACAUGCGGCGCUGGAAGGAAGAUCCAGUGAAACGCGAGAUGAUGGAGAGCAUGCUUGCGCAUGGGUUGACGGGGGAGACGGUGUUCAGAGACGCCUUUGUGGACAGCAAGGAGAAGAUCACUUGGCAAAUGCUGGAGAGCGACGGCUUCAUCCACCUCGGGAUCGAGAAGAAAGAGCCCCAAACUCAGGAAGGUCGGCGAGACUCGGCUGGGUCAGUCGACCUCACGCCAAGGGAGUCCGAUGCAGCAGGAGGAGAAGGAGCAAGCGGCCAGGCAGUGCUAGUAGGUGGCGAUCCAGCGGCGGCUGGAAUCCACAAAUCGAGGAGCCAAGGAAAGGAGCAAGGAAGGGCAGGAGGUCCGCGGGCAAGAGCGCAGGAGAAAGAUGGGGGGUGGGAGAGCGGAGAAGGAGCUCCAUCCGUCAAACCGCGCGCACAAGACAGGGACAGAGUGAACGAAGGAGCAGUCAGCGAAGCUGUUGACGAUGACGAUGCUGAGGCCCACGGGAAUGACCCAGUCAGUCGCUACAGGAGGAUAGUAUCUUUGCUUAGUGGCAAGCAGAAGCGUCGUGCAAAGACGCAGCAGAGGUACUCUGUUCAGGUUUGCCCCAUCAUCUUCUUUGCGGGGGCAGACUAUCAUCCUAUGACCCGGCAGAUGUGGCUCCCCAUCUUCCACGCAUUGGACAUCGAGUGGCGCAACAGGGAGGAGACGGACCUCCAGAUUCCGAUGCUGAAGCUGUACGUGUACAAGAAGUUCUUCCACAGGAGCACAGUGCAGCUUCGACAGCUGUUCCCUGGUCUGCCGGAAGAUUUGGCAAGGGUGAGAAUAGUGGUUCCAAAUGGCGGGUGGGAGCGAAGGAAGGACCAGAGAAAAUAUGACAAGGAAGACAUGCUCAGGCUGAAGUCUGAAGCGACCCUCGAGAGAAAUUGGGCCCACCUCGGGCCUGGAAACUACGGUUGGGAUGGGGUGUAUUUCUUCUUCCGUGCAUCGGAGGAAGAGGAGGCAGAGGAAGAAAGCGCAGAAUUUGCGCCAGAGGAAGCAGGAGAGGAGAGCCUGGAGCUUGUGGCAGAGGCGGGGGCCGUUGAGAGGUCAUCAUCACAAGCGGGGGGCACCGGCGGUCGUGCAAGGGAACGCGAAAGCGGGACAGGAAGUAGGGAAGCUGAAGCCCUAAAAUUCCAGACGAGAGUGCAAUCGAAGAAGAGGGUCAGGAAUCCGACAGGUUCAGCAGAGGAAGACUCAAUGGUUUGGGCUCCCCAGAAGGUGAAAGCCAGCACGAUCAACUGGGAGAUGGACGCGGAGCAAGAGAAACAGGGCAGGUCAGAUUUGAUUGUGUAUGUGACGGACCACCGCCUUGAUUCGGACCGCAGCGAGCUCUCGGAGAACAUCACUGUUGUAGAUGCAGCCCUCAUUCCGCUGUACUACGGCCCAUUUUUUUACAUGAAAGAUGCUUUAGACGCGGCAUUCCAUGGGGCAAACCGCCGCUACGAGUAGCUCGCGACGAGAAGUAGGGGUGCUCUUCAUAGAUCAUAGGAAGACUUUGUAAGGCUGUCGUGAGAUGAGAAGUAGCCACACAAGAUUAUCUUUGCAUAGGCGGCUAGAGGCCGUAAGGCCGGUAGGGAUAAAGUGCUGGCUCCAAGCAAUAAUUGGUUUCGCUCUACAUGCCUGAUCGACUUGUAAGAUUUAAGCGAAGGCCGAGUCUUUAAUACAGAAUUGUGCGACGCAUGUGUGUGGUUGUAUACCUGUAUUGUGG